GUGGAAGAGCCCGGCCGCUGACGCUGGUCUCCAGCGGGAAAGGAGGCAAAGACGGCCGGGACACGUGACAAGAGAGACAAAGACGGCCGGGACACCGGGUGAGAGUGACAAACUGUUGGGACACGUGACGGGAGAGACAAAGACGGCCGGGACACGUGACAAGAGAGACAAAGACAGCCGGGACACCAGGUGCACCGGGAGUGACGGGCUCACGCCCGCCAACCCCUCCUGGGGAUGUCGGGGGUCACUCAGCAGCAAAGAAUGACUCCCUCGAAACCGGACUGUUGACACCCACCAUUGCACCAACCGGGGUUGCCCCAUGUGACGGGCCUGCUGCAAGAACGCGCGCAAAAAUGCGCAGACUUUUGUGAGGGCCCUAUGCUCAACUCCUCAGAGAGCUGCCCGGCCUCCGGGCUGGAGCGCCCCGAGGUGCUGGGCUGGCUGCUGGAGGCGUGGACAGCGUGGACGGGCCUGGAGGGCCUCGACGUCUGCCUGGAGUACGCGGCCCACCUGCUCUGGGUCUUCACGCCGCUGCUCGUCGUCUUCAUCUUGCCGCUCUUCAUCCUGCUCUUCCUCUACCUCUCCAUCCUCUUCCUGCACGUCUACGGCAGCAAGAGCGUGCUGCGAACGGCCUACUCACACAGCUUCUGGGACGGAGCGCGCAAGACGCUCGCCGCGCUCUGGGACGGCCACGCCACCAUCUGGCACGGCUACGAGGUUCACGGAUUGGACAAGAUCCCAGACGAGGGCCCGGCCCUGAUCAUCUACUACCACGGCGCCAUCCCCAUCGACUACUACUACCUGGUGUCCAGGCUCAUCCUGCAGAAAGGCCGGACCUGCCACUCGGUCGCCGAUCACUUCCUCUUCAAGAUCCCCGGCUUCCGGCUGUUGCUCGAGGUCUUCUUCGUGACGCACGGCCCCAGGGAGGAGUGCGUGCGUGCGCUGCGCGCUGGCCACCUCCUCGCCAUCUCACCGGGCGGCGUGCGCGAGGCGCUCUUCAGCGACAAUGCCUACCGCAUCGAGUGGGGCCGCCGCACCGGCUUCGCCCAGGUCGCCAUCGACGCCCGAGUGCCGAUCAUCCCCAUGUUUACCCAGAACAUUCGGGAGGGCUUCCGCACGCUCGGAGGACUGAGAGUCUUGCGCUGCCUGUACGAGCGAUGCCGCCUGCCCUUGGUGCCUAUUUACGGCGGCUUCCCCGUGAAGUUCCGCACCUACCUGGGAGAUCCGAUCCCCUACGAGGCCGGCACGACUGCCCCGGAGCUCACCGAGAAGACCAGGCAAGCCCUGCAGAGGCUGAUAAACGAGCACCAGAUGAUCCCGGGGAACAUCUUCCGCGCUCUGCUCGACCGCCUGAGCCGCCGCACCAAGGACGAGGAGUGACGUUGGCGUGGCGGCGGCGACGACGGCGGCGGCUGACGCCCACCGGGGCGACCUCGGCCUCGACCUCCUUGACCUCCUCGACCUCCUCGUCAUCCCAAAGCGCGAGCUCGUGGAGGCCGCCGGGCCCCGUGCCGCCACGAGCACGCCCGGCUCGCGGCGCAGGUCGCCGCGGGACAUUCCGUAACCGGCCCUCGCGGGAUCUCAGGGGCUCGCGAGUCGAUCGCGACUCCUCGAACGACCUCAUCGGGUCAAACGUCUUUGUGUAUUGCCAGGGUCGCGGGAACAUAUUUCACGCGCCGUGUCGCGUAGAGCGCACAUCGGAAAUUGCGCUCCAGGCUUGCGUCAGACGUUCGGUACGGUGUCGUGGUUCACUGGCACGCUGCACUUUCUGACAGUUCUGCCGCUGUCUGUGUGGGGGUCCCUGUGUAUGGGGCACCACGGUGGCGAGAUGUUAACUCCUUCACCUGGUAUGCAGGAGUUUCGUGGGUUCGAUCCCAAGCAUGACGCCUGCUGUAUAUUUGGAGUUUGCGUGUCUCUCUCCCCGCAUUUAGAAUCAACAUCACGCAUUCAGCUGCUCUAAAUGUCCACGUGAUAAGCCACUUUGUUGAGCUGUCAUUUGUGGCCAGGCAGCUUCUGAAGAAGAGCUACACAGCUCAGUGGGCCUUAAACCUGGCGAAAUUAAAAAUAGUGGAAAAAAUAUAGAGGCCACCCGGGCUGAAUGCAGGUGCGCAUGUGCACGCUGGCGGAGUGGAAAUGCCCGCACGCUGCGCUGUGCUGAUCGCAAGCAAAGGCGAGACCGGUGGCCAUGCGACUGUGAAGGGGGGUGGGGGGCACCACAGCUGUGGGUCCUCAUCCCAGCUGCUGCGAGGCCGCGUGAAUCCACACGGGUGCUCUGGUAAGCGUGCGAAACGCCUCGGGACUUGCGAUCUUUCGGGAGCCCCGCGAGUGUCCACGAGUCCCGACCGUGGGCUUCGAGAGAGGUACACUGGACGUGGUGGUGGGCUGUGUGCGGUUGUACUUUCUGGGUCGACGACCCGGAAAAACGCGCCCCGGUUGCUUAUGUCCCAGUAUUUGCGUACAAAGCACUUCCGAAGCUACGUCAGUGCAGUCAGGGGUCACCGCGCUGGCCCUUCCGAACGGCGUGCGGGAGGAACACGACUCAUGAGGGCGGUGGUGCCUUUAUCUCUGAUUACUUACGAUUCGACUCCAGAGGAGGGGAGAGAGAGGUGCUGGGUCGGCACCUUACCCAGGCACAGGCCAGCACCCACACCCUCCUUGCGUUUGCUGCGUCCAGGUUGGGGGGAGAGUGCUCUUGGAAUUGAUGGCGUGAGUCAGUUAUGCAACAUCUGUGCGAGCAGUGGAAAUGUAGAGAAGGAGAAAUGUCACCCACCGCGGAGAUGGAGCCACGAAAUCGGCUCGUAUGCAGUUGCCUUGUGGAUCGAUGCAUUGCUGGAUUGAGAGGUGGCAGCGGCUUGGAAGGCUUUCAUCCGGCAGUGGAUCGACCAUGGCUGAUGACGACGAUGAGCCCAUUAAGCAUCCGAGUUACUCUUCGCAAAGGGACCAUUGCCGCUUCUGGCACGGUGAUCACAGAGGGCCCUGCUGGGUUUUUCCAUCUCUCCAUGCCUUUGUCUCUGACCUCCAUCACGUGGCUGUCGUGGUGAAUUCACUCUCAGGUUCUUAAAUGGCAAUCGCUAAACUGGUGACCAUCCGAUAAUUGGUUCUUUACCCUUCUAUCUGGCAACAAAACUGACACCUUUUUGCAAGGAGUCAUGUUUGCAUAGACCGCAAUACCUGCAGUCAUAAAUACAAACAAAAGACAUAACUCUGAUAAUGUGCACUGUCCUUGAAGUUGAUUGGUCCACACCCGAGAC